UCAGUCGCCAGUACACAUUCUAAUUAUCUAGUCUCGUGUAGCAGACAAUUUUUGAAAAAAUAUUAAAAAUGAUGGAUUUUCGAAAAAAUCUUCUUGCCACGACAAAUCUGUUCGUUAUCGCGCUAACCUUUAUCAUAUUCACCGUGAUGGAGGAUAAGAUUAGUUACCUGGUCCUGGACGCAGCCUAUCAGCUCCAGAAGAAUCCGGCCAGCCAGGUGCUCAGCGAUGGGGAGAAGCUGUUGAACCUGUGGCUGGUCAUGUGCACCGUUUGUGUGGGCAUCUUCUGGCUGAUGCGGGACCAGUUGACCAUCGAUUUCAAUGGGCUGAUCCUGCAGCAGCGCGAGGCCGAGGACAUGCUCAGCAUGCAGAUACAUGUCCUGGCGAACAUGGGCCCCAGGGUCGUCAAUUUGGAAGAACGAUUGCAGGAAGCUAUCGAGCGAUGCGCUAUUGAGAACUGAGAAUCAAUUACACGUAUCAAUUAAAUCAUCAAGUGUUUUUCAUAUGAAUUUAGCAUUCCGAGUGGUUAAAACAAACAAAUUUGAGUUUCGUUUUCAUUUUUCAAGAAGUUUAUUUACAUUGUGACUAUGCCUCAUACACAACAUUCGAUUGAAACACAUUUGAGACACGAAAGCUACAGCAUUGCAGAGCCAACAUUUCAAUAAACCUAUAUAUAUUUU